UUUUCUACUAUUCGAUUUUUUAAUACAAAAAGCCGAUCGACUUUGCCAGCUGGAAUUAUUUGAUGUAAAUUAUCUUGGGGAUAAACAUUUUGUAAGAAAACGCAGUUGCUGCACAAAAAAAGAAGUUAAUUACAUACAAAUUGGUUUGAGCAUUUGUUGCAACAUGGCUGAGGAUUGGCAGUCACAAAAAUUUCGUCAAAAUGUCAUAGCAAAAAUCAAUGAAAUGCUACAGAAUACUAACCAGGAUGGGUCCAAAAAUGCUGGUGUCAUGGAAAACCACAUAUUUAAGAAAUCCAAGUCCAAGGAUGAGUAUCUGGGCUUGGUGGCAAAACUAUUCAUGCAUUUCAAAGACAUGUCAAGAAGACCUCAGCAGGCUCCUCCACCAAAUGUCGAAAUACCACAGCAAAACAUGAUGCAAGACCCGCUAAAUGCCUUGCAGAAUUUGGCCAGUCAGGGUAAUCGAAAUCCACAAAUGAUGUCCAUGCCCGGUGGACCAAAUGCUCAGCAAGGUGGCGGCCCCGGGGGACCAGUACCGGCGUCCAAUUUAUUACAAACCCUUAACCAACAGCGACCCGGAAUGCAACCGAUGCAAGUCAUUCGUCCACAAAUGGCCAUGGGAGCUGUGGGGCCGGGACAACAACAAGGCAAUAUAGGUCCCGGCCAACAGCAAAUGAUGGCUGGCCCCAUGGGAGUGCAAAUGAAUGCCAUGGGAGGGCCGGCAGGAGGUCCAAAUCAGCAAAUGGUAAACAGUGCCCAAAUGGGAGGACCUGUGGUGGGCUCAGGUGGUGUGGGUGUUGGUCCUGGUGGUCCACAGGGAAUGCCUGGACAAAUGAAUCAAAUGGGUGGACCGGGAGCUAUUGGUUCCAUGGGACCAAAUGUUGGUCCCGGAGGUCCCAAUCAAAUGCAAAUGAGCAUGCAACAUCCACAAUUGAAUCAAAUGAUAAACGCUCGCAUGAAUCAGGCCGGCCCAGGAGGACCCAUGAAUGUAGCGGGCCAUACAGGACCAAAUCAAGGUAUGCAAAACAUGCCACCAAAUAUGCAACAGAAUCAAGCAGGAGUAGGCGGCAGUGGAGGGCCUAUGCAUAUGGGCAAUAUUGGUCCUGGCAAUGCACCUCAAAAUCAGGGACCAGGGGGAAUGGCUAAUGCUCCUGGACCGCAAGGAAAUCUCAAUCAAAUGUUAAAUAUGGCUCCCGGCAUGCAAAAAAAUCCCAACAUUGCCCUGGGCCAGGGACAACAGAUCUUCAAUGUAAAUCGUGGUGUAGUGGGUCAGCAACAAUUCCGUCAAAGCCCUUCGCCAAGUACCGUUGCUUCUCCAGCCGGCAAUCUGAAUGUGCAGCAACAGCAACAAUUGCAGCAGCAAGUUGUCAAUAACCAACAACAACAAAUGCAGCAACAACCCAAUCAAGCUGUUGGACCCCAGGGAGCAUUGCCUAAUCCCCAAAUGAUUCCCAGUCCAGCAUUGGUGCCCACCUCUAGUCCCCAAAUGUCGGGACUAAUGCAAAAUCCAAAUCAAAGACAACAAAUGCGUCAAUCGCCUAGCGCACCUCUUAACACCCCAGGUCAGGUGGCACAGAACAGUCCUUUUAAUCCCCAAGAAGAUCAACUGUACCGUGAAAAAUAUAAACAACUAACGAAAUACAUUGAACCACUUAAAAGGAUGGUGGACAAACUAAGCAAUGAUGGCAAUAAUGCUGAAGGCUAUAGAAAAAUGAACAAACUUUUGGAAAUUCUAACCAAUCCUUCACAGAGAGUUCCAUUGGAAACUCUACUGAAAUGUGAAAAGGUUUUAGAGAAUAUGGGCAUAAACUCCUACUCCGGACAAACAUUUGGAAAAUCUUCGAAUCCCUUAAUGGAGGUGAUAAGUGCAACACUUCAAAGUCCCUUGGCCAAUCAUACGUUAUAUCGCACUUUUAGGCCCAGUCUGGAGCUACUAUUUGGCACUGAUAUCUGUGCGCCUCCGGCCAAGAUGGCCAAACCAGCAGAAAAACCCAGCACAGGCGAUCUGGAUAUACCACAUGUGUUGCAAGGCGAGGUGGCACGCUUAGAUCAGAAAUUCAAAGUUAGUUUAGAUUCUUCGGCGCAAAAUAAUGUCAAAUCCAUAAGACUGAUAUGCCGUCUGGAUGAUGAAAAGCUUCCCUGGGUGCCACCAGUUAGCAUUAAUAUACCAGAGGACUAUCCUUGGUCUUCACCAGAAUGCUCCUUAAUUGAACAGGAUUAUUCAGCAACGCCAUUUCUCAAUGCGGUGCAAAAUGCCUUGAUUGCACGCAUUGCUAAAUUACCCAAACUCCAUUCAUUGUCCCAUUUAUUAGACACCUGGGAAAUGUCUGUGCGCCAGGCAUGUUCACCGAAUGCUGUUAAGCCUGUUUGCGAAUUCACUGCUCUCUUUGGCAUGUAAAAUAGCAGUGCUCCGCAGACUUAGUCUAGCUUUAUUUGAUAUUUUUCCAACUAGCUUUAAGUCAUAUGCGCCGUACAUCAUGUUAAAUAAACGCAAACCCAUUCCGCAAGCAAUAA